GCUUAGAAAAUAAUCGUAAAUGCUGCCUUAUGAUCGUACAAUUGAAGUUAGAAGCGUGAACAUACCUUGCUAUUGCAUAUAGAACGAGCAAAUACCGUUUACUAAUAUCUCUUACACGUUUCAACAGUAUAUUCUGCACGUUCUGCUUACGACGAAAUAACGAACGCGAAUGGUUUGUUGAAAUAGACGAUGCCUCGUUAUAAUACGUCGCUAUCGACUGUUACCAAGGCGCCACGAUGGUCACCCAUGACCACCAAUGAGAUAAACGGUCCAUUGGAGAAGAAUGUCGUCUUACGUCGUCGAUUUAUUAUUAUUUUGCCAUUAUACGCUUCGAACAAUAAGAAUACUCGUGAGACGUGGCGUCCUGAAGGAAACAUGGGAUUUCGGCGUGGCAGUCAAAGUGUUAAAACGAGGAUUCACCGAUCAUUACGUGAUUUAUUGCCAUGACUACGUGGCAUCGAUCGUAACAAAAGCAGCCUCUCGAUCGAACUCGAUCGAAUGCCGCUUCAUAUUCACGCAGCGGCAACGUCGUCCGAUACGUUUCAUUAAAAAUCAGUAGAGAUCAAAAUAUGAAAGUAGCUGGCACGUCCGGUUAUUCGUAGAGAUCUACACUACGAUGCUCCUUUUGCCACGCCAUGUACGAACGAUUCCAGCUAAACUGUGCCUGCAUCCUCGUCCUGUCGAUAAUACUUCAAUCGUUCGUUUCUUACUGCUAUCCAGAGUUUUUCAAAGACGCAUCCAGGUACCGAAUAACGCGCAAGCCAAUGGUUACGUAAUCGAGAACCAAAACAGCAAGUUAGAUCCCUCGAUCGAGCGAAUUUUUCAGUCAGCCGGUGAACAAAGAGACGAUCUGAUUAAUUCGAAACGCAACAUCGACGCUAAAGAGAGCGGCAAAGCUGCGCAGGUGGAGGACGCCGAGAAGCGUGCACGGGUGAAACGCGACAACGCGGUUAAGAAGAGCAAUACGAAGAGUUUGAACGAAGCGGCGAAGGAGGAAAAACGUUCGACUUCUAACAAAGGUGGUAAAAGUGCUUCGAGAAUCGAUCGCUCUUCCAGAGAUCUUCCGAGGCUUCCAGACAAAGAUUACGAGGCCCCUGUUGAUCAGGAAAAAUCCGAGUACGCGGACGAAGCUGAAGACGAGUCUGCAGUUGGUUCAAAACACAAAGAAACCAGGUACAAGGCCAACGACCGUGUAAACGAAGAUUCUGCGAGAUUUACCGAUCAGGAAGAAAGAUCUAACUUGUACGAUGACUUCGAAUCGAAAGACGUGGUGAAAAGAGGAAUUUCCGGCUCUGAGGACUACGAAGAGAUGGACGACGACGCUCUUGCAGCUGCAGAGGACACUGUAGCCUUAGAAGAUAAUGCAUCGGACGAAGAAACCGAUAAAAGAAAGGUGCACGGUGACGUUCGAGUGAAGAGGGACCACGAAAAUUCGAAAGAAACGGACAACGCCGAGAUUGCUGGGAAGGCAGACAAUUCUGCAACGUCUAGCGAUCUGUCUAGCGAUCAAAAAACCGCGGAGACGUCCUUAAAACGAGACACCGUUACUGACAAGGGUAGCAAGGUAGCCGAGGCUCGAGUAACUAAAACCGACAAGGAUUCCAACGAUCAAUCGAAAAGGAACGUGGUUGACAAGAACGAGAAUGAAGCGUCGAAGAUCAAUUGCGACCGCGAAACGGAUAGUUCGAAGCAGCCAUCGACGUCAAACGACCAAAAACCAACGAUCGAAAGCGGCGAAACUGGGAAAAUUCUGGCUCAAGGAAGCGAAGAGGCUACGGGAGACGCGAAAACGCGGGAAAGUAAUUUGUCCGGUAACAGCAAGGCAGCCAACGACUUGGUCGGCGAUGCUACUGGCAUUAAAGAAACGUCGAAAGCCGAGGAGUCGAAAAUUGCCGACGUAGCCAGCAGUGCAGACGCGGCGAAAGUGGAAGUUGUGGCGAACGCGGCGGAAACAUCGGCCGUGGAUGAUUCUGAGAAAUUGGCGAAUUCAAAGAACGAAGCCGAGACUGCGGAACAGAUAGACGAAGAUUAUCAGAAACGGGUGGAGGAGCAGAUCCAGCGAAAGAUCGAUUCGAUCAAAGAGCAGAUUAAACGAGAGAUCGAGGAGAACCAGCGCCUUAAGGAGAUCGAGGAGAAUAACGCGAGAUUCGACGAAUUGCGCGAGUUGGAAGAAGACGAGGAAGAACAGGCUCCGGAGGCUGCACUGACUGGAGAUGACUCGCCUAAGAGAUCUGUCGCGGAUAGAAAUUCUGGCAAGUCUCGGAUUCGUGAUAACGCGGAGAAACAGCCGAUAAAGAGGAAAAAGAGACACGACAGCGGUCAGGAAAAGACGCGAGACGCUAGUGACUCGAGCUCGAGUAAAAAGUCUUGGCCGAGAACGGUGAAGAAGCGAUCGAUAAUGCAGUCGGAAACGAUACCAAAGAAACACGCGCGACAGGCGUUUUUGACGAGAACCGAUCGGAAGAAGAAGAGAAAAAGAAGAUCUAAAAAUUCUAUGUUGAUCCCGGAACAACGUAACGUCAAGCUGGAGGCGAGUCUACCGGCUGAUUACACGUUGGACUCGAACUUACGAGGGGCACUUGCUGAUGCAAAGUCGAGCGCGUCGAAGAUGACGGAAGAGGAAAAGGCGGUAGCAGAACGGGGUUCUUUGUUAGAAAAAAGAUCGGAUUCCGUGGCGUCGCUAACGGGUAGUAACGAAGAGAUGGGACCACUGGCGACGGAAUACGGGGAAGCUUUCGGCGGCUUGAAUGGAGAUCCAGGGAUGGCGUUAGCUAGAUUUAAAAGGAUCAAGCGAGUCCUCAGACCUCCAACUUCGAAGACCUAGCGCUAGAUUAAAAAAGGAUACGAAAUUUCACGCCGAUUCAAUUGACGUCGCGUACAGCGAUGUUAAUCGAAAGAUAUUCGAUGGAAAACAAUAUUAACAAACGAUAGGUACAUUAAUUAGCUGUAGAGGUUCGUUUGUAGAGUACACGUAAGUCUAUUUAAGACUUGUCAAGGGCAAAGAAAUUUAGUAAGAAGACUAAGUAUUAAUGGUUGACAGAGAGACAUUGGUUUUGGUAGUCGGUGCAUAUAAUCAGUCGUUGAUACAGUUCGGUAUUUCGAAUACAUUGGAAUACAAUGCGUUUCUAAUAUUCUUCUCGUGCCGUAUCAUGUAAUUUUUUAAAACGGAAGUCACGUCGUGUGACCUCCACCGAUGAACAAAGUACACUCCUUGUUGCACCUUUGAUCCGAUUAAGUAGAACGAGUCGAUGCUGUUCAGACUUCCGUGCGCAAUUCUGCUAAAUAAUAAAGAAAAACACUUUGAGACAAGCGACGCGCGUCGUAGACGAGAUGUAGCAAUAAAAAUCAAAAUUCGUAUAUCGGAUUUUUAUUGAGAUUUUUAUUGAGAAAAAAGAUAUAUAUAUGUUUCAAUUACCUGGACGAUCCACGUGGUUGGGCGGCGGCACUAAAGGAAAAGAGAGAAAGAAAGACAGGUGCCUAGGCAAAUACACAGAUAAACAUUCGUAAGACGUUCAAGAUUUAAUAACAAAGAUACGAUUAAACACGAAGAAGACACAUAGAUCGUUAACCCUCUUUUUGUGCGCUUACAUUACGGGGGAGACUUUUUGACUUUUAAACUUUCGGCAAGCGAGUACCGACGUCUCCUACUUGUACCAUCCAUCUCUCCUUAUCACCGUUCUACUUUACAACAAUAUGAAACAAUUAUUUACACAUCGACGGGCAGAAGGACCACGGUGUCGUGUGAGAAAUCUUUCAAUGCGUUUUAUUCUUUUUUCCCUUUUCUCCGCUUUCUUUUCUUUUCGUUUCGUUUCGUUUCGUUUCGUGCGUGCAUCGCGCCGACGUCCGCCGUAUUUAGAAUGCGCAGAGCUUUCUUUCAGCUAGCAACUCGAAAACGUACUGCAAAGUAUCAUCGAGAUCGAAAUUUCACUGCGAAUGUUUCUCGCUCGCGAGAAGUUCGAUCUCGAUUCGCUCGUUUCGCGUUCUUGGCCGCGUUCGCUCGAUCGAUCGCGAUUAAAUUCACGCGAAUGAUUUUUUGAUAUUUUAGUCUCGUAUUUCGCAGAGAAAUUGCUAUUGUAGGCUCUGCGAACUGUUGGAAAAUAGGCUUUGCAGAAAGGAUUGAAAAUUAAAAUUCUAUCAACCCUUUGACAGUGUAACGAGGAAAUUUUCCUUCAAACCUCCUUUUUCGAUUUUUUCUGCGAGAUUUUGCAUAAUAAUUUACCAACUAAUAAUAUCACUAAAUUAACCAGUUACAGAUUAGAGGCUGUAGGCUUCGCUUUUACAAGUUUGUCGUGCUAUGUAAAAUUGGUUAACCAAAAGAUCCGCGAUUCAUGAAACUUAUUUGUAAAGCCUCGUUUGUCCUAUCGCCAAACUUGUUACUGCUACUCGAGAGAAGUAUGUAAGACAAUUUACAUAUUGUUUUAUCCAGGUAUAUUAAAACAACGAAUGUCUCAAAGAAGCCCACCAAGUAAACCAGAAAUGUAAAAAACCAUCCACGUUUUAAGGCAGAAUUUUUCUAUAACUAAUAUAAGACCUAGGUGAAAAAAGGGAUGAUAAUAAAAAGAAAUACUAAAUAAAUCCAUGAAGUCCCCUUCCGUUAAAAAACAGAAUUCAACGAUGCGAAUUAAUGAAAAAAAAAAAGAAAAAAAUUGUAAAUAAAAUGUUGCAUCAACGCAACAUUCGCCUUUUUGCGGUCUAAUUCACAGCGCUGUAUUUGACGAUUUGCCUGAAUCUCUCUCGAGCUGCACCGUUAAAGGGUUGAUGGAGCAUCGCAGAGAAAUUGUUGCUAACUUUCCAUCGCCAAAAACGAUUGGUUCGCGCGAGUUUAAACGCGAUACCGAGCGCGCAUCGCGCUCAAGCCUCCUUCGUCGCGUCUCUGGUCGCAGACUGACUUCGUGAAUUGGUGGUGCGAGAGCGUGUACAGCGCGCUGCCGAUCGUUAGUUAGAUAGAUUAAAGACGAACAUCAGUCUGACAAAAAAGGCUCGUUGGUGAAACGUUUCAGGCACCGAUCGUUACAAAAGUCGCCGCGCCCUCAUCCAGUCCUUUCUCGAUUCUGUUUCGUUGCGGGGCGAAAAACCGCGGUCAAGUUCGCGUUGAUCUCCGCGAUAUAAUUGAUAAAUCUCGAGCCAGGAAAAUUGACGUUUCUUCCUUUUUGUUGCAAGCGUUCUGGAAGGUCGGCGUGGGGCGCGUGAUAAUUUCGCGGUACGCCCGCAGUCGAGUAAGGACUAAAACGAUGAGCGCAAAUGGUGAAAAUCCGAGCGUGAAAACGUUAUAAUAGGUGAGCGUAAGAAGGCGACGCGGUUGAAGACGAGACGAGGCGAAAAUAUCGUGGCUAAUCUUGUUGUAAGAUAAGAAACCGGAUCGUUCUGUGCGGUGGAUGUUUUUGUUCCGACGGAUGCUCUGCUUGGUACUUAGUGCAUGUCGAUAUUGAGACUUUCUUUUUAUUUAAAAAAAUCGAUGUCUGAGAAAUGGUGUUCACAAUAAUUAUGGUACAACAACGUAACGGCAUUACAGACUUAAAUAUGCGUUAUAUAUAUACACAUAUAUAUUAUAAUAUGUAUGUAUAUAUAUAAACAUAUACGUACACGUAUAUAUGUAUAUAUAUGCGUAAUAUUUAUAAUAAUAUAGGUAAUUCUCUUUACCACGAUAACAUGGCUAUAUACAAAUAUUACAAUGUUUCCUUCCUUCCGUUUCUCUUUCUUAAAAUCCUCGCAUGCGCGCGUUCGAUGCGACGAUCGAUCAGAGGUCGAGACGUUUCCCUGCAUCCGCUGUGUGCAUUUCUCUCCUGUCGUUUCUCAUCGUCUUGUCGACCCUUUUAAACGUACGGGUCGCGACGAAAACGUAUCCUCGUUUCAGUUUCGGCGCGCUUGUCACGCAGACACCAGAUCUCCGUUUCUUACGACGAUAAAUCAACGCGUUCAUGCUUUUAAACCGUUCUCUUUCUCUUAGCGCAGAAACAGCGUGCGUGUAUACGUAUGUCUAUGAGAGAGAGGGGAGGAGGGCGGUGUGUGUGUGUGUGUGUUCGUGUAUGUGUGUGUGAUGUGCGGGCGGAAGAGAAACAGUUGGAAAAGGAGAAAGAGAGCAAGGAGUGCAGAUCGUGGUAUAUUUUACGCGUUUCUUUUUCAUUCGUACGCGUAUGUACGUUGAGAGAAGAAUGUGGAGAAGAAGGGUUAAAGCAAAGGAGGAAAAGAGAGAAUGCCCUGAAAUAUCACGCAGGUCUCUGUUAAAUAUCGACAAACAAAAUAAUUCCUCGCGUCGUCGAGCGUUAACUGCUCCUCGAAACCGGAAAUUCUUAUUCGAUCGCUGUAUUUGUCUAACUAUCUAGAUUCAUAGACUAUGGAAAUUCUCAACGAAAUAAGAUUCAGCGUGAGCCGAGUCGCCGGUCGUUCGCGAAUUUCCCGAUACCGAGGAGAUUUUGUUACGUGAAUUCGUUGAUCUCUUCGAGUACGGUACGACAUCCUUCAGGACUCGACGCACACCGCAACAAUUCCACCAAAUGUAUCCGUUACGUUCGCUUUCUUUCUUAUAUCGGCGCACAUCCCUCGACCUUUCGGUAUCGGACCUUGAUCUUAUCGAUAACGAGCUGUUUAUUGCGAUCGCGUUGACAAUUUGACAAUACGACAUUGUGGCGAGUCGAAGCGGAACUCGCGCGAAUCGUUGAUCGCUCGCUUUAGAUACCGCGAUUUAGAAAAACUAAAGAGUCGCGUACGGUGGAAAAGAGUGCGCGUCGUUAGAUCGUUCGACCUAAGCGGCACCAAAAUUGACGUGGUUGACUCGGAUCUAGGGUGGUUUGUACAGGUGUUCGGACGAUGGUCGGGGAUCGUUACGUUGCUCGUUUACGUUGUACGUUCCCGCCAAUCGAUCAGAACGAUCUUACAAUCUAUAAAACGGGGCGACAAAUAUCUACGCGCUUUGGCACCGUCUCGCGGUAACGAGACUUUCUCGUGGCAAAAGUGAACGAAUCGAAGGGAA